UUUUUUUUUUUUUUGCUUUUUAGGGCUGAACCCGCAGCAUAUGGAAGUUCCCAGGCAAGGGGUUGAAUGGGAGCUGCAGCUGCCAGCCUAUGCCACAGCCACAGCCACAGCCACAUGGGAUCUGAACCACAUCUGUGACCUAUGCCACAGCUCACGGCAACCCUGAAUCCUUAACCCACUGAGCGAGGCCAGGGAUCAAACCUGUAUCUUCAUGGAUACUAGUCGGGUUUGUCACCACUGAGCCACAACGAGAACUCUACUUUUAAUCGCGGUAUCUAUAUCUUCUGUGAGUGUUGCUAUUGUCUCGUUUUCUUCUGGUUUCAGGUCACGAGUUUCGAUCUUUUGAUCGACUGCCAGAUAUUGUUUUUGAAAAACCGUUAGAGAACAUUGGUGGCCCUUCAUGGUGUUAUUUCCUUUCGGAGAGGGUUUACUCUUGCUUCUGGCAGAGCGUGAGAGGGCGUCAGCUGAUGAGGGCUUCAGUUGACUCGAGCUGGAUUUGGGUCUUGAUGAGGGUUGGUCUCUUUCUGGUCUCUUCCUGGUCCUAGGCUGUGGUCUUUGUCGAUCCAACUCUCUCCUCUUUGUGAGCCCUGAAUUCCAGGGUCUGUUUCUCGCCAGCCCCAGAAGAUUGCCAGAAGCUAUGCUCAGCUUCUCAGCCUCUUUCUGGUCUGCUUUGCAGACCACAUUUAUAGCAACAACUUGCGUGUGAGAAAAAAAAACAAACCACUGCAUUAUGUUUAUCUCACCUCUCUAGGAUCCUGAAACCUCAAACCCUGACUGUCAACGCCUUCAAAUCAAAGGUGUUUUUUUUCUUUUGAUUUUAUCCAGUUUUUGUUAAAACUGUUCUUGGCAGAAGGGUAAAUCUGCAACAAGCUAGCAAUAGAUGCAAUAAGCUAGAAAUCUAUAUUCCCAUUGUAUUUCUUUUUUCCUUUUUGGCCACCCCCACAACAUAUGGAAUUUCCUAGGCCAGGGAUCGAAUCCUAGCUGCAGCUGUAAACUAUACCACAGUUACAGCAACACUGGAUCCUUAACCCACUGCCCUGGGGCUGGGGAUCAAAACAGCAUCUCCCCAGAGACAAGCUGGACCAUUAAGCCACUGUUCCCCCACAGGAACGCCUCCAUGUUGUAUUUUUAAUGUAGGAUUUUCAGCCAGCCUCCAUUGCUAACUCUGCUCAACUCCCUGUGUUUCUCUGUUUCUGGGCUCCUGGGUCCCUGCUUUUGGUGUCAUCAGUUGGAUGGAGGCCCCUCCUGGCUUCUCACUGCCUUAGAUUUCCCCGAAGUUCUUAUAUCUGCUCUCUGCCCAGAGGUCUGGAAGAUCCUAGAGGCAUUUGCAGCCUGUCCAGGAAAAGGUGUGUGGUGGGAAAAGAGGAAUUAGAAUCUAGAGUGUGGCACAAGAGGUGAUUUUUUAAAAAAUCUCUUUGAGCUAGUCUCUGGAUUUCUAUCUAUGUGUUUGGUUGUUUGUGUAUAACGGCUUGUGUGUAUGUGUGUGUGUGAGAGAGAGAGAGAAUAUGGGUCUGAGUAUUCACGUGUGUAUGUCUGGCAUUGUCCACAGGUGCUGGAGAGUGUGCUGGGUGUGUGCUGAUGUAUGGCGUGUGUGCUUUUAUGUCUUUCUGUGACUGAGGGAUUUGGGGGCCACCUCCCCAUAAUAGGUUAGCAGAAGUGGUGAGGGAGGCGCAAAUGGGAUCACCAGGGCCAGUGGGGAGAACAUGAAGUGGCCAAGGACAGACCCCAGGGAACACAGAGUUUAAAGGUAAGGCAGAGGAGUUCCCAUUGUGUCACAGUGGUUAAUGAAUCUGACUAGGAACCAUGAGGUUGCGGGUUUGAUCCCUGGCCUUGCUCAGUGGGUUAAGGAUCCAGCGUUGCCGUGAGCUGUGGUGUGGGUUGCAGACGGGGCUCGGAUCCUGCAUUGCUGUGGCUCUGGUGUAGGCUGGUGGCUAUAGCUUCGAUUCGACCCCUAGCCUGGGAACCUCCAUAUGCCGUGGGUGUGGCCCUAGAAAAAGACCAAAAAAAAAACCUAAAUAAAUAAAUAAAUAAAGGUCAGGCAGAGAAAGGAGGAGGAGUCAGUCAGGAAUGGAGAGAGAGAAGAAGCAGACAGAGUUAGAAAAAGCAUAAGAAGGGGAGUUCCCAUUGUGGCUCAGCGGGUUAUGAAUCCAACUAGUAUCCAUGAGGAUGCGGAUUUGAUCCCUGGCCUUGCUCAGUGGGUUAAGGAUCCAGCGUUGUGGUGAGCUGUGGUGUAGGUGGCAGACUCAUCUCAGAUCCCGUGUUGCUGUGGCUGUGGCAUGGGCUAGCAGCUGCAGCUCUGAUUUGAUCCCUAGCCUGGGAACUUCCAUAUGCCAUAGGUGUGGCCCUUAAAAGCAAAAAGAAAGCAUAAGAGAAAUGAAUUUCAAGAAGAAAGUGUCCAGUAUAGGUGAGACUAAAAAGUACCCAUUUGAUUUAGCCCCGGAGAGAGUUAGAAGACUGGAAGGGGGGUGGAAUAAGAGCACUAGAGUUGAGCAGGUGUGUGCAGUUACCCACAGAAGUGUGGGUAACUCUUUGAGAAGGGAAGGUGGAAGCUGAGAGGUUGCUGAAGGGAGAAGGGACAGCCAGGAAUUUUUCAGACAUUAGUGAAAAUGCAAGUAAUGAGGCUUCCACCACCAGGAGGCAGCACUUGUAUUGGACAGGCGCUGGCUGGCACCCGCACAGAUGCACACAGCAAUAAAGACUCAAACAUGCAGACAGACACAAAAAACCCAGGCAGAGGGCAAAACCCCCUCACAAAAACCAAAAGUGGAUCUCCCCAAGUCCCAGGUGAGUCAUGUAGAUGCAACACUGCAGAUGCUGAUGAGCAUCCACUCUUUUUUUUUAAGACCGCACCCAUGGCAUAUAGAAGUUCCUGGGCUAGGGGUCUAAUCGGAGCUACAGCUGCUGGCCUGUAGCUAUAGCAACGCCAGAUCUGAGCCAGGUCUUCAAACUACAUCAGCGCUCACUGAGACACCAGAUCCUUAAUCCACUAAGUGAACCAGGGAUUGAACCCACAUCAUUAUGGAUACUAGUUGGAUUUGUUUCCACUGAGCCACAACAGGAACUCCUGGAUCACAGAGGUUUUUUAAAAACUACCUAGAUAAUAUUCAGCCAUUAAAAAAAGAUGGAAAUAUUGCCAUUUGCAAAGUCUUCCCAUAGACUUUGAGGGCAUUAUGCUAAGUGAAAUAAGUCAGACAGAGAAAGACAAAUACUAUGUGAUAUUGAUAUGUGGAAUCUGGAAGAAAAAAAACUGCGAUAACCAAGCUCAUAGAGAAAGAGAUCUGAUGUGUGGUUACCAGAGGCCAGGGGUGGGGGUGGGGGAAUUGGAUGAAGGUAGUCAAAAAGGCACAAACUUCCAGUAAUAAGAUGCAUAAAUUCUGGGGAUACAAUGUACAGGAUGAUUUUAGUUAACGCUGCUGUGUGGUAUAUUUGAAAAUUGCUAAGAGAGUUCCCACUGUGGCUCAGCGGGUUAAGGAUACGGCAUUGCCGCAGCUGUGGCAUAGGUCACAGCUCUGGGUCAGACUCAAUUCUGAAGGAAGGAAGGAAGGGAGGAAGGAAAAGAGAAAGAAGGAAAGAAAGAAAGAAAGAAAGAAAGAAAGAAAGAAAGAAAGAAAGAAAGAAAGAAAGGGAAAGAGAGAGAGAGAGAGAGAAAGAAAGAAAGAAAGAAAGAAAGAAAGAAAGAAAGAAAGAAAGAAAGAAAGAAAGAAAGAAAGAAAGUUGCUAAGAAAGUAAAUCUUAAGAGUUCUCAUCAGACCAAUAACAAAAACCCAUUUUUCUUUUUCUUCUUUUUCUUUCGAAUCUAUAUGAGAUGAUAUUAACGAAACUUAAUGUGGUAAUAUUUCACAAUUUAUGUCAGUCAAGUCCUCAUGCUGUACACCUUAAAUUUAUACAGAGCUGGAUGUCAAUUAUAUCUCAAGAAAACUGGGGCAAAGCACGCAAAUGCUUAUAUACACCCCCCCUCGUGGCCACGUUGACACUCAAUAUUUGGAAACACCCUCUAUGCCCUGACACACAUACGCCCUAUCAAAAGCACAGAGAGGCAGUUCCUGUUGUGGCUCAGCGGUAAUGAACCUGGUUUGUAACCAUGAGGAUGUGGGUUCCAUCCCUGGCCUUGCUCAGUGGGUUAAGGAUCCGGCGUUGCCAUGAGCUGUGGUGUAGGUCACUGAGGCUGCUCAGAUCUGGCGUUGCUGUGGCUGUGGCGUAGGCUGGCAGGUGCGGCUCCAAUUCGACUGUAGCCUGGGAACUUCCAUAUGCUACAUGUGCAUCCCUAAAAAGGAAAAAAAAAAAAAAGGCGCAGAGACAAUGACACACACAUGAACACUCAGAGACAAUGACACACACACACAAACACUCAGACAUUCGUGCAUACCCAGGUCCACCUCACCCCCUGGUCUGUCCUUGUUUCUCUGAAGACCCCUCACGGCACUCCUCAGCUCUUUCUGAGAAUGUCUUGUCCAGCCAGGGUGAGAGGCUUAUAGGGCAGGGGAGGUGGAGGGGAGUCCCACGGGGUCCCCGGGCUCCCCCUGCCCCAGCCCCCAGCUCCCAUCAGCUGAUGGAUCUGGCAGCCCCUGAGGACAGUCUCCGCCCCUCUUGCUGGCAGCCCCAUCCUGGCAGGGAUUCCCAGCCGAUCGCCUUCUUCAGCCUGCUGUUCACUCACACUCUCGCACGCACACACGCACGCACGCACGGCCCCAUGGCUAGCUCAGCCCUCAACCACUCCUGGCCAGCCCUCUCCAAGUUCUGGCCGAAGCGGUGGGCCUUCAAGAGAGGAUCUGAGUCCAAGCCAUGUGCCCAGCCCUUUGACUCUGGAGCUGCAGACUCCGCCACCAAGAGCAGCAGUGGACGCUGGAGGCCAGAGUGCCCAGACUUCUCUGCCAUGGGGGAUGAGCAGGAGGAUGGAAUUCCAGGGCCGCUCGGCAAGAGUGCAGAGGACCUCAGCCUGGAUCUGGGGGCCCUUCAGGGCAGCGUGUAUCUCCAGGACCUGGGCCUGGAGGUCCCUUCACCCAGCCAACCUGGAGGAGCCGGGGGCAGCGGCACCCCUAGCAAAGAAGUUGGAACAGACUCACCCUUCUCCUCCUCGGCUGGAUCCCAGGGCCUGCAGCGGAGACGCAGCUGGGAGAGGUCACGGAGCUGCUCUGAAACCUGGCAGAGGCUCAGCCUUGAUGCCUCAGCUGAGACCCAGGGGUCCUGUCUCCCCAGGACACUGGCCAGCCUGGCCCUGAACUUGCCAGAAGAGGGCCUACAGGCUUGGACCCAAGCGUGUCUGCCUGGGGGCAGCACCCCCAUAGAGCAACCGAGCAAGGAAUGUGACAGCCCUGAGAAAAGAGUGAGAUCACGGUCAGUUCCCAUGUCCUUCGAUGAGAUCAACUCCCUAGAAAUCUUUCCCGCUUUGGAAGUGCCUGCUCCAGCUGUUCAAGGCUUGGCUCCACCGGUGCUGGAGUGCAUGGAAAAAGACCACGUGGAGCCGGAUCACGUGUUGAUUGUCCAGCAGGUGCUUCAAGAACUCCGAGAGUACCAUGGGGCCCGGCAGAGGGCUCGCUUGUCAGUCAGCCCCAGAGGGACCCAUUCGAACCUCACCUGGUUUGAGUUCCUGUCUGAGAGUGAGGACAGCGUGGGGAAGACGGAGAGGAGUGACAGGGGCACCAGGGUGAAGCGCAGACUGAGCUCUCUCCGCUGUCGAGUCACCAGGCAGAAGGAGAAGGGCAAGAGCCCAGUGCUUCUGAAGGACAAGAGUCAGGAUGCUCGAGAGAGGAAGGAAUGUGUCAACGGGCACCAGCUGGCUCGAGGAACCGUCUUUGGCCACUCCAGCUGCCCCCUGUGUGGCAAACCUUUUCUGAGCUCUGCAUCCCUGAAGGAGCACCCAAGGGCCACCCUCCUGUCCGAUGGCAGCCCGGGCCUAUCCAGGAAUGUCGGCAUGACGGUCUCGCAGAAGGGGGGUCCACAGCCAGCACCCAGCCUGGCGGGAACAGGGACGAGACUCGGACCAGUCACAGGAGAGAUGGAUGAAGCCGACUCUGCGUUUCUAAAAUUUAAGCAGGCAGCUGAUGACUCUGUUUCACUUACAUCUUCGAAUGCCGAGUCCAUUUUUGUAGAAGACCCCUACACUGCCUCGCUGAAGAGUGAGGUUGAAGCAGACGCCCACGAGUUCGAGGCCGAGUCCUGGAGCCUCUCGGUGGACCCAGCAUACAUGAAGAAACAGAAGAGGGAGGUGGUGAAGAGGCAGGAUGUGCUUUACGAGCUGAUGCAGACGGAGGCCCACCACGUGCGCACGCUCAAGAUCAUGCUGAAGGUCUACUCCCGGGCCCUGCGCGAGGAGCUGCAGUUCAGCCCCAAGGCCGUCAGCCACCUCUUCCCUGGCGCGGACGACCUGCUGGAGCUGCACAGCCACUUCCUGUCUCGGCUGAAGGAGCGCCGCCAGGAGUCCCUGGAGGAGGGCAGUGACCGCAACUACAUCAUUCAGAAAAUCGGGGACCUCCUAGUACAGCAGUUUUCAGGUGAAAUUGGGGAGAGAAUGAAAGAAAAAUACGGUGUCUUUUGUAGUGGCCACAACGAAGCCGUCAAUCACUACAAGUUGCUGCUGCAACAAAACAAGAAAUUUCAAAACUUGAUCAAGAAAAUCGGCAACUUUUCCAUCGUGAGGAGGCUUGGCGUGCAGGAGUGUAUUCUUCUGGUCACCCAGCGCAUAACCAAGUACCCCGUGCUGGUGGAGCGCAUUAUUCAGAACACAGAAGCUGGCUCCGAGGAAAACAAAGACCUGACCCAGGCCCUGAACCUCAUCAGAGACAUCAUCUCACAAGUGGACGCCAGGGUCAGCGAGUGUGAGAAGGGCCAGCGCCUCAAGGAGAUCACAGGGAAGAUGGACCUGAAGUCAUCCAGCAAGCUCAAGAAUGGGCUGACCUUCCGCAAGGAGGACAUGCUGCAGCGGCAGCUCCACCUGGAGGGCACGCUGUGCUGGAAGACCACGUCAGGGCGCCUGAAAGAUGUCCUUGCCGUCCUCUUGACGGACGUGCUUCUGCUGCUACAAGAAAAGGAUCAAAAAUACGUCUUUGCUUCUGUGGACUCCAAGCGCCCCGUCAUCUCGCUGCAAAAGCUCAUCGUGAGGGAAGUGGCCAACGAGGAGAAAGCCAUGUUUCUCAUCAGCGCCUCCCUGCACGGGCCUGAGAUGUACGAGAUUUACACCAGCUCCAAGGAGGAGAGGAACACGUGGAUGGCCCACAUCCGAAGGGCCGUGGAGAGCUGUCCGGACGAGGAGGAGGGGCCCUUCAGCGAGGCCCGCGCCAUGAGGCUGAGGGAAUUCCAAGAGCAACUGAACGUGAAAGACCAGCAGAUCGCACAGAGCCUCAGCGAGAAGCAACAGAUCUACCUGGAGAUGGCCGAGAUGAGUGGCCUCGAGGACCUUGCCCAGCCGCGGCUCCUCUUCCGGGGAGGAGACCCCCCUGGGAACCUGCAGGGGGAGCUGAUUCUCAAGUCAGCUAUGAGCGAGAUCGAGGACAUCCAGAGCCUGAUCUGCCGGCAGCUUGGCAGCACGGAAGACGGGAGUGGCUGUGGGGUCCUGGCCCGGAGAGUGGAGAGCUCCGGGGGCCACGACAGCGCGGGCAACCCCGGCAAGAAUGGCAGUUAUCAGAAGAAAGUCUGCAGCAGUGACCCAGGUCCCCGAGACCCACAGGGCCCCGCGGGCAGCCCAGACUGGAAGCUCGGCGACACCCCAGGGGCCUCGGAGGAAGCGCCGCAGGCGGGAGAGGUGCCAGGUGCAGAGCCUGGGCCCCGGCUGCCUGCUGUCGUGGAGUCAGAGCUUGUCCAUCGGAUCCAGACGCUGUCCCAGCUGCUCCUCAGCCUCCAGGCCGUCAUUGCCCAGCAGGACAGCUACGUGGAGAUGCAGAGGGCCACCAUCCAGGAACGUGAGAAGCAGUUCCGGCUGCAGUCGACCCGAGGGAACCUGCUGCUGGAGCAGGAGCGGCAGCGCAACUUCGAGAAGCAACGGGAGGAGCUGGCGGGCGUGCAGAAGCUGCAGGGCCAGCUGCGCCUGGAGCAGCAGCGCUGGGAGCGCGAGCGGGAGCACCAGCGCCGGGAGCUGGACCUGGCCUCGGCGCGCCUGCAGCAGCGCGAGAGCGAAUCGCGACAGCUGCAGGAGCGGCUGAGCCAGGAGCGCGAGGAGCUGGAGCGCCAGCGGGAGGCCUACCAGCACGACCUGGAGCGGCUGCGCGAGGCCCAGCGCUCGGUGGAGCGGGAGCGCGAGCGGCUAGAGCUGCUGCGCAGGCUCAAGAAGCAGAACACGGUGCCUGGGGCGCUGCCGCCUGAGGCCCUGGCAGAGGCCCAGCCCCCAAGCCACUCUCCCAGCUUCAACGGGGAAGGGCUGGAAGGGCCCGCAGCCCUAACCAAAGCGCCAGGGCCCCGAGUGAGCACGCUGCUGUCUGGCGCUGGGCCAGAGUACCUGGAUCGCCCGGAGGUCGCCCGCAGGGAUAGUGCCCCAGCUGAGGGCCGGCCAGCCAAGAGUGACGUGCCCAUCCAGCUGCUCAGUGCCACCAACCAGAUCCAGAGGCAGGCAGCCGUGCAGCAGCAGAUCCCCACCAAGCUGGCCGCCUCCACCAAGGGUGGCAAGGACAAGGGCAGCAAGAGCCGGGGCUCGCAGCGCUGGGAGAGCUCAGGUGAGUCGGACUGCCCCGGCUCCUCGCCUCUGGAGGUGGCGCUGGGAAGAAACCUCAAGGCGCAGCUGGUGUUGUGGCUGAGGCUGCCCACCCCCCACGGGGAGGUCUUUCACUUCAGAAGGCAAAAUAGAAACCUCAAUUCCGUGCUCCUUUUCCUGCCUUGGCCCUCAAAAGUGGGAUCCAGGACAAGGGGGCAUCUUGGUGAUUCAGAAAGGGGCCUUGGAAAUACUUGGGGAGUCAGGUGCCGUGGGCGGGGAGUCACAUCAACUGAUGCCAGCGCACCCCCACUGAGCUCCACUCUGCGCUGGUCCACGUUCAGUGGGUCCACUGGUGUCCUCACUCCACAGAGGACACACUGGGCGCUGGGGGAUGUGUGGAGGAGCAGGCGAGGCCCCCAGCCGAGAUCGGGGUACUCUUGUACCUGGAGCCAGGUCGAGUGCCCAGGCUGCGCCUUCUGCCCUCUUUCAGCCUCUUUUGACUUGAAGCAGCCGCUGCUUUUCAACAAGCUCAUGGGCAAAGAGGAGAACACGUCUCGGAACCGCCGCUCACUGAGUCCUGUCCUGCUCAGCUCCACACCCCCCUCAGACCCCUGCCUCCCAGCCCCAAACCCAGCCCCGGCUGACGUCCCCGCCGAGUACUUCUCUGUCAAGGCCUGGGGGGCAGCCUUCCCACCAGUGGCCCUGUCCUCCACACCACUGGACAAGGAAGAAGCCGGCAAGGAAGAUGUCAUUUUCUUCUAGAGGCUGUGGCUCAAGGUGCAGACCCCUCCCUGUGUUGUCGACCAUCGUGCUCUCUGGGGACCUGUGCCACUAUCCCUCUCCCCUUCCCAAACAGGCCUCUGCCACCAACUACUGGGCUGGGGCUGGCCUGCCAUCUGUAGGAUUAGCAGUGGUGCCUGGGCAACUUUGAAAACCUAUUUUUUAAUACAAAAAGAAAAGGUUUUAAUUGAAGCUGAACCGGAGCUAACCCACAGAGCUGUAAUCGCAGCGCCCCCGUGGGGAGAGGAGAGACCAACACCAGACUGUCUUUCCAAGAUAGUGACCGAGUGUGGUGGUUCCACAACGAGCACAGUGACAGGCCAGACCCUGACCUGAGGAGGUGCUGCCCCCCAGGUCAGGCACUACAGCCACUAGGAGACACUGGAGCAUGUCACUGUGGUACCAGACGGGGCCUGGUGAUGUUGGCUCUGUUUGUCCACAGAAUCAGGCAGAAUGGACUUCCAAAGCAGAGACUUGCGUGGGUUCGUGGUGAACUUCAAGGCCAGGACGCGAGCCCAGGCAAGGGGCAGCACACAGCUCUCCCAGGACAGAGCGUCCCAGGGCAGGGCGGCUGGAGAGUCCAGCCAGUGGCUCGCUGGCUAGCUCUGCAGGCCCUGUAGAAGCAGACACUCGCUGUGAAAGGGGCUGAUCUGGAAGGGACUGACUGCAACUCAUUUUCAUCUUGUGAAGGUUUUCAAAACCUGCUAUUGUCACACUCGGUGCUUUCCCGAGGGGCCUUACCAAGGUGGCAUGGUUCCACGGGCCUCUUGGACACUGGGCACCAGGGAAGCCAAGUCUAGAGCUUCAGCCAGGGCAGCACACCCUCUAGAGGGUCCCAACCCCAGGUGGAGGGUGCUCAGUGCCUAUGAGAUAGGCCAGUUUUUCCAGGGUCACUAGGGGGUAGCCCCCAGGGCUGGUGUCCCAGGACAGGGGCAGAUGUUAUAACAACUCCAGAGGUGGGGUGGAACACUAGAGGGACCACAUGUGGCCUGGUUGGUGGCUGUUGCCAGUGAGCGCACAGAUGGCUGCCAUGAGGGCACCUCAUGUCCAGUGGGUUGUCGAACCAUAUUGUCCACCCUACCCCACCCCACCCCAGGAGGGCAAGGGCCACCAGUCCAGCUGCUCAGCCAUGGGUGUCUGGAAUGGUGUCACAUGUCCAGGAACAGCCUGGUGUGGCAGUGGAGUCAGACCCAUGUUCUGCCCUGGCCAAAAGCAAGGCUGGGUGCCAGGGUGGGGAAGGGGCACCCCAAGCCCCUCAUGGGACUUGGAACCCAGUAUCUCCAGAAGCAUUGGUGGGAGGUCUGGGUCCUGGGCGACACAGCCAGCCGGUGACAGGGAGCUGACAGUGGUGCCCGGCGUCUCCCGAGCUGGGCUCUGCCUCCUCGGGAACCGCCCUGACCUCACCCUUGGCCACCGGCCUUUGGCCCCAGCAGAGAGCAAGGAGCAGCGCCCCGCCCCGUGCACGUCCGGACUAUCUGUGCCAUGUCUGUGAUCAGUGUUUGUGUUUUGUACUGAGACUGAGAUUCACUGGAGCACUUUAGAAAAGUUGACUUGACUUUAAGUUCCUGUCCUGUCAUGAAGAGGAGCUUCUGGGACCGUGCACCUCCACCCAUGGGCUCUGUGCAGACCCUCCAAGAUGACUCCCCGGGUGAUAAGCAGUUCAAGGCCACGGGGUGGAAGCCAUCUGAGGAGGUUUCUGGGUGGUGCCAGCAGCAGGGCGGUGCCCUGGGCACCUCACCAGGACCCAGAGGUCACUCAUGGGUAGAGCCCAGUCUUAUUUGUCAAGUUGGGGGCCGAUGUUCCUGUUUCUGAGGGAUCUGUACACGUUUUUGUUCAUCGUGACUGUGAUCUUAGUCCACCCACAAUUGUUUUUCCAGUGAUUGCAGCAUCUCCUCACUGCAGGGCAUUGCAGAACCGCCCUAGAACUUAAGACCUGACUCUAGCAAUAAAGUGUCCAAGAUGAGCAUACUGAA